AGACAUUUUUAAGAAAAAAGAAAAUACCAAAGUGGAUUGCUCAAGUUCACUGGGACAGUUUGAUGCAAUAUUGGAACUCUGACGGUUUUAAGAAAAUAUCAGCAAUCAACUCAAAGAAUAGAAUGUCAUCUAAUAACGGAGAAGGUCCUUCCUUACAUACUGGAGGAUCAGUUGCAUUUGCUGAGUACAGAAGAUGACAUAAGGAACUAACUGGUAAAGAGCUUCAGAAUGAUGAAUUAUUUCUAAUGACUCACAAAACAAAAAAUGACAAGAAGUGGAUCUGUGGAAAGUCAGAAAGGUUGUGGAAUACAUUUACAAAUACAAUUAAGGAUAAGGUGGGUGAGACUUCAACAUUAAGGAAUGAAGAAGGUCUUGAAGUAGAUGACGGAGACAUGGAGAGAAACACGACCACAAAUGGAGAAGAUGAAGGAGAAAAAACUAGUGAAGAUGAUGUGAAUUUAUUGAAAACGGUAUCGGAGGAGCAAUUACUGAAAACUUGGAUAGAAACAGUUGGUGGAACUAAAAAAGGAAAAAUAUAUGGGCUUGGAUCUAGAAAUUGUUUGCUGGCAGAUUCAAAGAAUUCUAAUUGUGCAUCCUCUACUGCUCAGAAUCCUUCAAAUAUUCCUACUCAACAAAUAUUUGAAACACCUGAAUUUCAACAACUUCUUGACCAUGUGUUUGGAGCAACGGAUGACGAAUAUGCAAGAGCAUGUGCAAAUGGAUAUUCGGGAAAAUAUGGAAGCUCAAGUGACUAUUGCGGUUCGUGCUGCUGUGGCUCGGAUGCUUGGUUUUACUCCUCAACCACCAACAGAUGGAUCUGGUUCUACCCCAAAUGUACCUUAAUAUAAUUUAUGUUUCUGUUUUUAUGUUUUAAGACAUUUAUGUUACUGUUUUUAUGUUUUAAGACAUAUUUUAGCUAGUAAACAUGUACUUCACUAUUCAAGGAUUGAUGAUAUUAUAACUGUGCUUAUUUUGAAAAAUUGAUUUGAUUUAACU